AUGGUCACCGCAGACAACCUGAACCUAGACUGUCUGGAGCUAAUAUUUGCCCAUUUGUAUGGAAAUGACUUGGUCUCUGUCUCUCUCGUGAGCCGGUCCUUUCUGGCGGGUGUGAUCCCAAGACUAUACCGCACACUGGUCUUCAAGCUAAAUCAAGCCAAGCGGUACCCUGCUAUUCUGUCGCCAUUUGCUGCUGUUCUUGCGCAUCAGAACCUAACUAGUCAUGUACGACAUAUCGAUAUCCGCACAGUGCCUAUUGUCAAAGCUACCCCGAAUCCAGUCUUCCUGCAUGAGUGCGCUCGCACCAUUGCCAUCUGCCCGAACCUGAUGACAUUCAUCUGCACGCCGAACGUCCUCCCAUCCUUCCUCUUCGAUCUGCAGGACAAAGAGUCUCUGCAGCAUCUGCGCGUAAAUGCGAGCCUUACAGAGGACCAGGCACAAAAGCUUGUGAACCUUCGCUCAUUGAAGAGUAUCAUUCUCGAUACGGGUACCCCGUAUAUCGCUAAUCUCCUGCCGAGAUGGACCACAUCAUUGAGUUCGACACUGCUGAGUCUAACGUUGUAUGGUAUGCAUGAUCUAAAUGAGCACGUACUUGACGGUGCACUGUCAAACCUACCAAACCUCAAGGCCCUGCACGUAAUCCAAUGCACCAAAAUCGACCAUCAUUCAGUGUUGUCACGAACGUCGAAUGUCCCCCUUUUGGAGAGUCUUUCCUUCACGACCUGGGAAUCUCCACGCAAUUUACCGAGCAGCAUACAACCUCUACGUUAUUUGCGGCAUCUGGCCAUUGAUACGCAUAGUAGUCUUUCACCAAACGCUACCCCAAGCUUAUGGAGCUCGAUCAUUUCCCUUACGCGCUCAUGGUCCCCCCCAUUGAGCUCAAUUACGUUCAAGUUGUCAGAAAAGCUACUUGUGGGCGACAGCUUCAUACACGAGGUUCUCACCGCGCACGCAGCGACUUUGCGACAUUUCGCCAUCUUGAACGGUUCGCUGUCCCUCGAGGCAGUGCGCACAAUAUGCUCUAGGUGCUCAUUGCUUGAGAGGUUUGCCUUCAGCAUCCCCUCAAAGGACAUCUUCUCCUUGGCUGUGGCCCUAUCAAGGUCGAAAACUCUGCACACCCUAAGCGACGUUAGCAACCCUCACUUGACACACGGCCACAAGGUCCACGUCUCUCCGUCCAAAGUCCGUACUAUCGUUGAGAACGUGCCAAGUCUGCAAAAGGUCAUCACCGAUGGUCGCAUUUGGACGGUUCAGAGGAAACCUUUCCAAGUAUAUCAAGAGCGAAAGAGGACGCCGCCCGUCCAUUGGUUUAUGCCACCGUCAGGAUCUAAUUUCUCGUAG